AUAAUCAGUCCCGCCACCUCGCACCUAAAGCGGAAAAGCGGAAUCGCCCCCUCUUUGCUCUAAACCGUUUCGAUUCGAGUCGCGAAGGCCGAACCAAUUUUUGCGCUAAAACACUAGGAUCCUCGCAUUCGCGGUGAGCUACGGAAUUAGAGAAUCACUUCGCACUCUCCGCCCUUCCUUAGAGCACUAUUUUGCGGAAAGUGAAAUGGCACUCGCCGUGAUUUCCGCUCGCACGUGCAAGCCGAUCGCGUUGAGUCAAUCGCUCUGUCGAAUCGUCGGCGCCGCUGGUGUGCUCGGCGCGCGCAGCGCCGAUCACGGCGCCGGUCUCGGCGGGUCAUCAGGCACAGGCGAGGGCAACCGCGCGUUUCACGGAGCGUCGGCGGAAGGCUCUUUCGCGCGCGCAAGCGGGGGUGCUACGGGGGGCGCAAGCGGGGGCGCAAGCGGGGGCGCAAGCGGGGGCGCAAGCGGGGGCGCAAGCGGGGAAAGCAGCGGGGUGCAGAUGGGAGGAGGAGAAGCGCCAGUGCCGGAUGGAAGUUCCUCGGAGCAACGCACGCCGCGACGGAUAGUUGUGAUGGGUGGGAACGGCUUUGUGGGCAGUGCCAUCUGUCGCAACGCCAUUGGCCGGGGGAUAGAGGUGGCGAGUGUGAACCGAUCAGGUCAACCCAACCGGAGUGAAGCAUGGAUAAAGGAGGUCGAGUGGAUCAGAGGCGAUGCCUUGGACCCCUCCUCUUGGAAGCAGCAAUUGCGAGGAGCCACGGGAGUGGUCUCUUGUGUGGGCGCGUUUGGCUCGAAUGAGUGGAUGCGGAGGAUCAACGGGGAUGCCAAUAUUGGGGUGGUCAACGCCGCUAAAGAGGAGGGGGUGGCGAGAUUUGUCUUCAUUUCCGCUCAUGACGUGGGGCUGCCGUCGUUUGUUCUCCAGGGAUAUUACGAGGGCAAGAAAGCGGCAGAGGCAGCUGUCAUGGCAGAGUACCCCACCACAGGUGUCAUCCUCCGUCCAGCCAUGAUCCAUGGAACUCGCAAUGUUGGCUCCUACCGACUACCUCUCAGCUUGAUCGGCGCUCCCUUGGAAGUGGUUUUCAAGAAUCUCCCCUUUCUCUCACACCUGCCCCUAGUUGGCCCAGCCCUAGUGCCACCUGUUCCAGUCUCAGCCGUUGCCUCUGUUGCAGUCAGAGCAGCAACGGAUCACUCGUUUCCUGGUGGGGUGGUGGACGUGUGGGGAAUACUGAAAGAGGGACACUAGGCUAAGAUGUAUACUGUAGAUGGAAGCGGAAGUGGUGUCAUGUACAGGUUUCAUUUUCUCUUGGUCUAGCUUCAUGGCAUGAGCAUCCACUUCAGGGAAGGGGCAUUGAAUUGAACAUGUUUCGUCAGUGACAGGUUGAAAUAGAAUUAUCAAAUGUAGCGAGAAUUGACAACUGUGAAGGGAUUACGGCUAUCCAUUAACU